AUGAAUCAACUCGAAAGCACAGUGUCUGCAAUUGAGGGCAAGCUGCAGGAGAAUCAAGAUUUACGUAUGAACGAUCCGUCUUCCUCCACGUACCAGUACUAUCUCAAGCACGCAGUGACAACCAUACUCACCGCAGUGCGAUCUGCCGCUAACGGAGCAAAAGACGAUGUGGAGAUAUUUAUGUCAAUGUCCAACAUCGCAGAAAAAUUACAGAAGGCAAUACGAGAUGUCAAAAAUCUUGGCAGUAAUAUGAAGGAUGCUGUAUACCAGAGUAGUUCGGGACAACUCGGCACUCUUGGGCAGUCGAUCAAAGGUGAUGUGGGCACUGCAGCCACUAACAAUGAAGUGGAGAAGCAACUCGAGACGCUGCUCAAAACAAUGGGAGAGAAAGCAGUCGCUAAGCUUCAAAGUGAGCUCAAAGCCCCCGUAAUCGACAAACUUGAAGGAAUUAGAAAUGAUGUUGACGAUCUCGUCAAUGCUGCAAAUAAAUCGCAAUCUGCGCUGUUCAACAAAGCCCAGGAAGUCACCUCCCAUGUUGCUUCUCUGUGCCACGCUAUCAAACAGGCGGCGGGAGAUCUAGAUCCAGAUGGUUUAAAAAACAAACUAAAAGAUUUGACGAAUCUUAUCAAUACGAAUACAGCGGAAAUUAACGGUAAGACAUAUAAAGGCCUUAAUAAGAUCCACACUGACCUGGGUGAACUUAGAAAUCUCCUGUUGAGUGAUCCGAUCCAAAAGGUACAGCAAUUCAUAAAAAAAGAAGUCACAUUAGUAAAAGCGCAAAUCGUCACGGAUCUUCAUCGAAGCGUCAAUAAUGAAGUGCAAUCGGCCAUCGAAAAACUCACCACCGAGGCGCGGAAGCAGUAUGUGACGUCCGUCAAAGGCAUGGUCACGGCUUUUGCAGAAAAGGUCCACACGGAACUCCAUGAGUUGCCUGCUGCCAUAGAAAGAGACAAACAUAUCGGAUUCAAAGGGUUCAUGGGUAAGAUGGAAAAAGGGUUAGUUAGCAAAGUUAAAUAUAUUAAAGAUAUAAAUUCGUCAUCGUCUACUCUACCAUCUCCAGUUAGCAAAGCGGCGCGUAUAGUCCGUGAUGGUGUACGGGACUUCGUCGAACUCUUUGAAAAGCAAGAGGACAUUGAAAUACAUAAAGACACGUUUCAGCAAACUAAGAAUGACUUUAAUAAUCUACUUCGACACGUUGAAUAUACUCAUCAUUUUGACCAUAUGUUCACCAUCAAUCUAGAUGACUUUGAAGGGGUGCUGAGAGCAUUCACUCCUGAAAUCAUGGAUGACCCACAGAGACAUUUGUUAACGCCGCUGAAGCGUGGUCUGCUGACAUUCGUUGAUGAACUCAGCAAGCGGUACGUGAACAAGUACUCGGGUAAGAAAAUCCAGUGGACAGAUACCACUAAUCCGAAGAAAGGUGAGGAACCAACAGCCGACGCAACCAACUGCGCUAAGGCAUUCCUCACAACUUUGGAGAUCCUGAGUAACGAUUUCCAUACGAUGUUAACAGAAUCUGUGAAAUCGUGGAAAGGGAAGAAAAUUAAUACGUAUGCAGAUAAUGUGUUCGGUUUGUGGUUAGAGGAUCGUGGCUAUAAAGUAAAUGCUGUGGAAGGCGAGCAGACCGGUGAACUGCAAGACAACCAAAAAAUGAGCGUGACGAGAAUAUACGAUCUUCUCAACUAUCCCAUUGGAAGCGUUGCCAAUAAAGGAGCGCAGCCGCAAUGGGUAAAUGACAUUGCCCAGCACAAAAAAACUACCAUGGAGCAUGCAUAUGUAAUCAACGUCGUCGACGUGCUACACUACCUUUACGGACAAACAAAGACAUACUACGAGGUCUGUCACUCCCGCCACAUCGAGAGACCUAAAUCGCCAUCAUCCGUCUAUCAAAUGCUCGCGUGGUUGACUGGACUUCCGCACAAUCGCGUGUUCCAAAAAGUAUCGGUCGGAGACAUUGGUGACCUGUUCGAGAAGCCUGAUGAGGAUAGCAAGGAAGCUGCUGACGGGCCUAUCCCUGUUGUAGAUGAUGAAACAUUAAAGGCACACCCAGAUAUCAUCACAGCAUCGAAUCUAUCAACAAACCUUCGUGACGUCUGCGUCUAUGCCGAAGACGUCUUGAUCGGCAUCCUCGGCCAUGGCCACGCGGACGGCAUUUAUGCCGUUGACUUCAACACUAACCCCGACGGUUUCUCCUAUCCCACCGCCCCCGGUGCGUGCUUCGAUAUGCUGUGCGACGUGCUGAAUCGGCUGUACCAACAACUCUUCUUCCUCUACGGCCAGUGCAGCAACGAGGAACCCUCCGUCAGUUGGCGUGACUGUUGGUACGGAAACCAAGUAGGCGGGUCAGCAUGGAACUGCAACACCAUGCAAUGUCCUAACCAAAAGGGCAACCAAAUACACAAGCAAAAGUGUAACCAAAAGUGUGACCAAACAGCUCAGUGCGGCAUAAAAUCGCCACUUCAAUGCUUUUUAGAAGAUGGUCUCCCCGGCUUUUUGCCACACUCCUUCAGCAAGCCGGGUUGUAAGCUGACAUGUACGCUCUCCAACCAUGGAGGUAUCCCUUGCAGAACGCCAAUGGGCUUCGCUGACAUAAGUGUCACUGCCUCUCACAGGCAGACGGGAGAGUAUCUCAAGAAAGUGCUUGAGGGCUUUUGCGGCAGUGAGUCCGCUCCACUAACCAAGCUGUGCGCUCAGCUGACGUGUCUCUUACAAAAGCCUCCGCAGACACUCGGAGACAUCUUCGCGUUCUACUAUGGCUAUAUCACAGAUUACACCGGCGGGUUUUAUGGAGUAAAAGCAUCGCAGACGCAUACGCAACAAGCAUUUAGAGAGGCUGUCAACGCAGCAUAUUUUGGAACGCAAUAUGGAGGCCUUGAUCCAAGUAUAUUGCUUGAUAAUCGUUCGCACCGUGACGCGCAUUCCAAGGGCGAUUUGAUCAGCAUAAGCAGCUGUACGUCUGCGUCAGUAGUACCUUGUGGUCUGUAUGUUAAAUCGCUGACGCAGGAAAUCACUAGGUAUUACUCCGCCGAACACAAGGCCAAUCACCUGUCGUGGAUAGUCUAUAUCACGGAGACAUUCUGCGAUCUGCUUAAAAAAUUAUAUGAUGACUGUUGCAAGAAAUGUGGACCAGCCGGAAGUAAGUGUCAUGUGAAAAGCUGUGUCGAAAACUGCCGAGUCAAAUACACUGAUUCAACAGGGAAGCCUACGACUCUAUCCCCUACCCACAACCAUUCGGCAAAAUGCAAAUCAAUCGUCACGUGCCGUGAUACUCACCCUACCCUGUACAGAUACGGUUUUACCUUCGGACAUCCAUGGGGACUUAAUGGCUCUGGUAAUAAUGAAGGGGCUAAAAGGACUUGCAGAGAUUUUUGUGAAGCGUUGAAAAAGAUGCUCGGUGAAAAUUCGGUUCUUAUUCAAUUACGACAUCAAAUUGAUAAGUUCCUCUGGGAUAUCAGAGAGAAAUUCUCGAUCACUGUAUUAGCCCUCUGGCUCCUCUCUUUCCUGUACCUGCUCCACAUCAUGGUCAUCCGCCUCGACCUGCUCCACAUCAAAUCUCACUUGCACUCACCAUCAUCGCAUCGUAUAGCUGCUCAAUCACUACUCGCCGCAGCACGUGUUAACAAGCUUAACAAAGUGUUUUACCUGCAACCAUAA